AACUCUGACUUUUAUUUGCUUCCCAUCAGGUAAGGCACCUGUAUAUCUGCGAUUUCCACAAAAAUUUCAUCCAAAGUGUACGAAAUAAAAGGAAGAGGAAGACAAGUGACGAUGGUGGAGAUUCUCCUGAGCACGACACUGACAUUCCUGAGUGCUCUCCACCUGCCUGAAGCAAGAACAUCUCUUUUAGAGGUUGAUCUGUUCCAGCUACAGGUGAACACUCUACGACGUUAUAAACGACACUACAAAUUGCAGACCAGACCAGGCUUCAAUAAGGCCCAGUUAGCAGAAACUGUCAGUCGACAUUUCAGGAACAUACCUGUGAAUGAAAAAGAGACCCUUGCCUACUUCAUCUACAUGGUAAAGAGUAACAAGAGUAGACUGGACCAGAAGUCAGAGGGCAGCAAGCAGCUUGAGUAAGGAUGAAGCACAUCUUCCAGGAAUGAAGUAUAAUGUUUAAUGCACAGGUGAUAUCUGCUACAUUUAAGCCCAUAAAGACAAGUUUUAUUAUAAAUAAAAAUGUUUGAAUGAUAAAUACUGUAAAUCUUUUUGGUCAGGAGGGUUAUAUUCUCCUGAUUCAGCAUGUGUAUAUGAAGACUUUCUUUUAAGGCAACUACUGGGCUGAAACAAACAAGAUCAUAAAAAGAAUGAAAGAAAAAUUAUGUAUUGCAGCAUUUAAAACAGCAUUAAGUCUGUGCUACUAGAAAUGAGGGAUACAAAUAUUUUGGUAAUCACCUUAUAAUCCCACACUGCCACGUGUGAAAUGCAGUCCCGUAAUAGCGGCGGCGUACAGGUGAUGGUGGAGGUGCAUGAACAGACGCAAACGUGCUGGGGACGUGGGUGCCCCACCUUGUUGCAGGCUUUGAUAUUUAUCAGCAAAUCAGUUUGACCCUGGUCCCCCUCGCUGGCCCUACACCUUAGGCACAGUAGGCACUCAAUCGGUAUCUGUUGGCUAAUUGAGCUGUCACUAAUAGUGCCAGCCCUGUAACAUCUGCUCCGCUCCUCCAGUUAAUGAGAUCUCUGCCAUUUCUGUGGUUUACCACUUAACUUCUAGAGUGGGGAGGAAAUCCUGAUGAGCCAACAAGAGGUUUCAGCUCAAAUUAGUACUUCAGGGAAGACGCAUGUGCCGCACUGUAUUUGUGGAGGUUCCAGAAACGCGAAUGCAGAGACGCUCGCAGGAGAUGCAGCCCUUGGUACACUCCUCUAUGCUUCACUCUUGGAGUGAAGUUAUGUAUUACGACUUAGGCCAUUCUCCUGGGCCAUAAAUGCUCUGGCAAACGGAGAUGCUUAGUGGUUUAGGGCUCACUUUCAGAAGUAUCAAUCCAUAGUUCACACUCACCAAGAAAGCUGCUAAGGACCAUGUGAUUCCUGCUCAGAAAUCCAGCGCUGGGAUAGAAAGUCUGACUGGCCUUGACACCUUGAGCUCACGGGUCAGCAACAAAUUCUAGGUUUGAGCAACAAAGGUCAGUGCCGUCUGAUGCUCAUUUUUAUGAGCAAUUUGCCUCUCUUUUAGGGAGAAAGAUUGCUAAAAUGAUUUUUUUAAGUAUUAUAAUUACCUGAUUUUUCUUUUUAUGUUCAAAAGCUCAGCUUCCUCUAUUUAUGUCACAGCCAAAGUAUCCUUUGAAAACAAAGCUUUAUAUCCAAAAGUCUGCUUUUCCAAAAUUUUCUAAUCUAUGUGUUGGGGGCAUAGGGUGUGGACAGGGAAUGGGAGAAAGGGAAGAAAAAGAUGUAGAUGCUAAUUUCUGACCAUCUUGACAUACACUGGGGUCAAAAGUAUCAUUUUCUUACUCGGUUUUAAAUCUGAGUUCUUUCUUAAGCCUUAAAUGCUAAAAGGAGCAGUGGAUAGCCUGGCCUAGUAGAGAAUUAAAUGUCUCACAGAUGGCUUCAUCUCAGUACCACCACAGAGAAGUCAGAAUGGAAAUCCCUACUGAGCAGGGCGGUGGAUUCGGGUUUGCGGAGCAGUGCCAUGCUUUCUGUGGACUGGAGACAGGGCCACCACUCACUAAAACUCCGUGUGCUCCAUUGCAGCACGCUUUCACCCGUGUUAAAAUGCAUGUCUAGCAGAUGGCAGCCUUUUUAAAUAUGUAUAAAUGAAUGUACAUAGAACAUACUCUAGACUGUGAGGGGUCUUAUUUUAAUACACCUGGCUGUGGAUGGCACGUCAGGGUGCUCCGAGUGUUUUAGUCAUUCUGAUCCAAUAUGUAUUUUAGACACUGUCUCAUAGCUGAAGGAUCAAGAAGGCCCAAAGGUGUGUGGCUUCUCCGGGUUUUAUUCCUGAGAGGCUGAAUUAGAAAGGCUUUGAUGGUGUCCGACACCAAGCCCUCUUUGCCAGGGGGCUUUUUUUCUCAUCAGACUGAAGUUUGAGGGCAGCCGGGCCCGUAGGCUAAGGCAUUGGAAACCUGCUCUCUGGAAAUGUCCCUAUCUUCUUAAGAAGGUGUAUCUUCUGAUGUUUAAACCAAUGAUGGAUGUGUAGGUCACAUCACUGUUCUUCUAAUGGCAAAUCUGUUUUCCCAGUUGAGAGAGACAGCGGUAUACUUCUGUAAGAGCACAUGUGGGUUAGGAUCCAUCUGUUCAUGUGUCUGUAAAAAUGCUUCUGUUCCAAAGUGAAGCCCAGGGAAACUCCCCCUUCAGCCAGAUGCUGUGUGCGCUUGGUCGCAUGCCGUCUUUCCUCUAAAGAGAGCUACUUUUGGAAAGUGGAGAUUGUGAGUAUCUUUUUCACCUUGGAGACUUGUUGGGUGAAAGAAAAAACAAAGCUGUCCGAACUUCCUUUUGUCCUGUGUGCAGAAGUCUGUUCUGUCAUCAGACCACUAAACCACUUGCCUUAGUCUCUUGUGCAGUCUCCAUGGCUUUUCGUGGCAGGAGGCUCUGCCUGUGGGAGUGGCCGAGCCCUCCAAAGCAGCUGGGUCUGGCUGCAGGGAGCAGUGGAUCUGGAAAAGCAGUGUUCGCCUUGGCUGCCUGCGUUUUCAUGCCGCCUGUCAAGGACUCUUGCGCUUCUCUCCACCUGUAACAUGGCAACAUUGCCUUCUCUCCUCUUGGUGCUCCUGGGCAAAACUGGAAUUGGAAACAGAACUGGAGUUGUCUUCUUAAAUCCUGCCUCAGUUCCGGCCUGGUGUGGUUCUUCACAUGCCCUAACGUUGUCACACGGAAAUGCCAAUAUCCUGCUAUUCAUGUUGCUUCAUUUUAAGGUGUUUAAAAAUCAAACAGAAAGCUCAUUAUUUCAAUGAACAAGCUCUUAGGUUGGCAAUAACACCUGACAGUGAUCACAACUGAAUCCCACGAAAAAUUAAGGAUUCAAGACUGGCGUGAAAUGAAGAGGAAUUUCACUUAUGUGUUCCAGCCGCCACGUUGCUAGAUGUUCCUGUCAUGGCUGGAUAUUCACUGCUGGCCUUUCGGAGACAGAUUCCUAAUUGUUUGCAGUUGGAAUGUUGCAUCUAAUCUUGGCAUUUCAGCUGUUUAUUUUGUGGAAAUUUUUCUCGUAAUAUCCUACAGACAACUGCCUGGUGGAAGGGAGAAGGUAAGAAAAGAAGCUCACUCCAGGGGCCUGGCCUAUUGAAAUAGGCUAUCCCAACCCAAAGUAGCUGCUGCUGGAAGUCAUCUGAAGGCUCUCAAUCAUUACAAUGAGAAGAUCUAAAAGUUGGGAAAGGGGCUUUAACUCAUUCCAUCCAGUCUAGCCAUAGGUGCUGACAUUCUGCCUACAGCCAUCCCACCAAGGGUUUGAACAAUCUGGGCUUAAACACCUCUGAGGACAGAGAACUCACUACCUCCUGGGGGUAUCUGGUUCUAUCUUUGCAAACCUCUGGCUUUUCUUUGUUCUCUGUAACUUCCAUCUGAGUCUCUGCCCGGUGGGGGCCACAUGGAAGAAGUUGCUCAUCUUGGUCAAGGAUCUAAUGGCUGGCACUGUCCCGGGGCAUAACAAGUGUCUUGUGAAAAGGAGCAGGUAGCAGAUAGACACUUUGUUGUCCUCACUCUCCAGCCCCCUGAGUAUUGGUGCAUUUAGUUCCUUGUUGGAGAAUGUUGAGGAAAUCCCACCAGCCUGGUUCGCUCACUUGUUCUUACUGAAGCUGAUCAAGGGCGUCAGCAAAGGCAGGGGUCCUAUUUGCCUGAUAAAAAAAACUCAAGACAGAGGAGGCCUUAGUUCUGUAUUUGUCCCACAAAAAUUGAUGCUCACAGCACUUAGGGAAAACCUUACCUAGAAAAUCUUAAAAUAUUGCUCUGUGUGGAAUUUAAAGUUUCCAUGGCUGCUGAGGGUUUGUACCUUAAGAUUCCUAUAAGUACUUCACAUACUGUUUUUACCAAGAAAAUAGCUAAGGAACCUGGGGGAGUGGAAGCACCACAUAUCUCAGUGUCAAAGUAGUGCCAUAUUUUCAAGCUAGAAAGUCCUAUAAGGUUGCUGUUGUCCAAUUCAUUUUUAGAGAUGGGGAAACUAAAAUCCAAAAAACUUUGCUUGAGUCACAUGGCAUUCUCUGGACUAACCUCUUGUCCUGCAGCAUGACUGUAAUCCAGUCUAAAGUGACCUGCCUCAGACUCUUGAGACCUUGCAACUGAGUAGAGGUUCCCAAGACCAACCUGUAGAACUCAAGGUUGAGUGAAUGAUUAGGACUGAAGCACUCAGUUGAGUUUUGUAAAACAAAUGGGAGGGGCGAACAGAACUAGCCUAUAAUUUAAGACUAGGAUUCAAAAGUCCUGGCAGGGUUUAGUGUUGUCCUAGAAUCUAAAUUCUCAUGAAGUGGUCUUGCUCUGUGAUCUGUUAGUCAGACCUCGGCCUUUCAGGUCGUUGUUGGAGCUUGUGUGAUUCACUUGGCACUGAUGGUACAGACAGCUCUGUGGCCCUGUGAUGCACAAGCAUUCCAGCCCCUUACUGGGCUAGACAGUUGAACUAAAGGACAGGUGAGCUCGGGAACAUGCCCUGGGAAGCAUGGUGCUUUAGGGGUGCCUUUUUAUUCCUUUCAUUUUUAUUGCUGACUGUUUCCAAUUCAUGGUUAGGAAAGGUAAAGGUGAUCUGAUGUUUUCAGGUAGACUGGGCAAGGUGGGACCUUUUCUUAAGGUAGAAUGUCUACAAUUAGUUAUUUCAUCUAGCUUGCAUCUUAAAACAAACCCUCAGUUGCUUUCACUUAGUGAACGCAUCUUUGCCAAUGACAGGGUUGUACAGGAUCCCUGUUUUACAUUUCUAUUAUCCGUUACGCCCAUCAGAGUGUUGGGGGUGUGGGUUUUCUUUCCAUUUUGUAACUGCCUUAUUGAAAAGCAAGUGCCCUUCCAUUUCAAGCCUCCUCAUAUUGUACAUGUUUCCUGCCAAGCGUGGGGGAUCAUUUGUAUUUUAAUUUUGUAAUCUAUGGCUCUGUACUGUUGAAAGGCUCUCAAUUCUGUGGGGUCUCCUUAGUAAUGUAUGUGACUUUUCAUGUUGCAAUAUCACACAGAUGGGACAGCUCGACUUUCGCUCUUAAUAAACGGUCUGAAUGAGUAAUAAGA